ACUGCUUGUGAAUGUUCUUUCCUUCUUUUAGGUUAUGUUUAAAUAUCAAGUUAUUUGUGUCGUGGUUAAAAAAUAAAAUUAUAAAAAAUGGUGCAACGACACAAUAAUCAAUUACCAAAAAACCUUCCCCAAUUACAAAAUCUCAUAAAAAGAGAUCCGCCAUCGUAUCAUGAAGAAUUUAUGCAACAACUUAAGCAUUUUCACAAUACAAUCGAAGUAUUCAAGUUAUCUCCUCACCAGAACAACAAGACUUUGGACGAUUUAGUAAUGUUUAUGGCCCAAGUUUCACAAUGUUAUCCAAAAGAAUUAGAAAACUUCCCCCAGAUCUUAAUUGAUCUAUUACAAAGUCACAAUACAGUUUUAGACAACAAUAUGCGGAUGACUUUGUGUCGAGCUUUAAUUUUGCUUCGAAAUAAAAACCUCUUAGAGCCAACAGACCUUUUAGAAUUAUUCUUUAAGUUAUUAAGGUGUCAGGAUAAGGCACUAAGAUCCUUUUUGGAGAAUCACAUUAUUACAGACAUUAAAAAUAUUAAUAGGAAGCAUAAAAACGCAAAAUUAAAUUCGACUUUACAGAAUUUUAUGUUCACAAUGCUGAAAGAUACGAAUGUUCGAGCAGCCAAGAUGUCUGUAGAUAUUAUGAUUCAAUUGUACAAGAAAAAUAUUUGGAAUGAUGCCAAAACUGUGAAUGUAAUUGCAACAGGGUGCUUUUCUAAAGUAAUGAAGGUCAUGGUUGCUUCCUUAAAGUUCUUCCUUGGCAAGGAUCCUGAUGAAAAGGACUCAGAUGCUUCUGAUUCUGAUAAUGAAAUUGAUCCGAAAGAAGUAAUGAUGGCUAAUAAGGUCAACAAAAAGACUAGAAAAAGAGAGAAACAGCUAAAUAAAGUAAAAAAGAUUGCUUCAAAAAAUUACAAAAAAAAAUCUGAAGCACCUGCAUUUAACUUUUCUGCAAUACACUUGUUACAUGAUCCUCAAGGUAUGGCUGAAAAACUGUUUAGGCAAAACGAGGCUACUAAUAGACGAUUCGAAGUUAAACUACUUACUUUAGAUGUUAUAUCCAGGCUCAUUGGAUUACACGAUCUCUUUUUGUUUAAUUUCUAUCCAUAUAUUCAAAGAUUCAUGCAACCUCAUCAGCGAGAGGUCACCAGGAUCCUUCAGUUUGCAGCACAGGCCAGCCAUGAACUAGUUCCACCAGACGUCAUCGAGCCUGUUUUAAAAACUUUGGCAAACAAUUUUAUCACUGAAAGAAACUCUUCUGAUGUCAUCGCCAUUGGUUUAAAUGCUGUUAAGGAAAUUUGUGCUAGGUGUCCAUUAGCAAUGGGUGAGGAUCUCAUUCAGGAUUUGGCACAGUAUAAGACUUACAGAGAUAGGUCUGUCAUGAUGGCAGCUAGAUCUUUGAUUCAGCUGUUCAGAACUCUUCGACCCGAUUUGUUACACAAAAAAGACCGAGGUCGCCCUACAGAAGCUGGAGAAGAAUUGGAACAGCUCGAUUAUGGUAAAACUAUAGCAAAAGAAUUUGUCCCUGGAGCAGAAGUACUACUAGAAGAAAAAAAUACUCACGUUGAAAUAAAUUCCGACUUAGAGUCCGCCUCUGACGAUGAAGAAUGGAUAGAUAUUCAACAUUCUGAUAACGAGGGGAACGAUAGCGGAGAUGAGGAAAGUGAUGAAAGCGGUUCUGAAGAGGAACAUGAAGGUGAAGAUAAAGAAGUAACAGUAAAAGAAAAAAAGAAAUCUAAAGAAGAAAAGAAAGCUGAAAGGGCCAAAAACAAAGCGGAAUUAGUGAAAAUGAAAAAAGAACAAGCCCAGAAAGUCAGUUUGGAGAGAAUUUUAACUGACGAAGACUUCAAACAAAUAGAAAUGGCUAAAUUGAGGAAGCAAGUCACAACAGCUAAAAAAGGCGUCAAGAGAAAGUUAGAAGAAUCACUGGUCGGUACUCCUUCCGAGAUAGUAAAAUUAAGCGACAUUGAGAAUAUCUAUAAAAAGAGAAAACACGAUAAACAAACAAGAAUUGAAAGCAUCAAGAAGGGUCAAGUGGAUCGAGAAAAAUUCGGUUACAAGGAUGGAAGGGUAAACGAGCAUUGUUCAAAAACUAAUAGAGAAAAGAGGAAAAAUAAGAAUUUCCAAAUGAUUAAACACAAAGUUCAGAGGAAGGUGAAAAGGAGUUUUAAAGAUAAGCAAAUAGCUUUGAGGAAUCACUUGUUGAAGUUGAAAAAAAUGAAAUAAGUUUAUUGUUAUAAAUUGUUAUGAAAUAAAAUUGCUCUUUUACUCUUUUUUAUUUUUAAAAUUGUUUUAAAACUGAUAAAAAG